AUGUCUUCCAAACCUGCGACCGUACAGCUUCGAGUUCAGACCAUUCUCACUACAUCAGACCAAUGGAUCACGUGGUUAUCAAACAUUCAGGCAAUUGCCAAUUUGUCUGAUGUCUGGAAAUAUAUUGAUCCGGAAGUUGCUUAUCCCCCUCAAUUGGGACCAAAGCCACAACUUCUUUCCGUACGAGAUGUUUACCCGAACUACGACAAACCUUCAGACCAAAAACUUGGGACGAAAAGCGCCAGUGAUCAGACGAAAUCCUUUCUGUCUGAAGAUGCAUACCUUGCGGCGAAUCCCGAGCAAGCCCGAACCUUCUUUGGCCUGGAAGGUCGAAGCAAACGUACUAUCGAUGAUUGGAAAGAGACCAAACUUGCCCUCGAUAAUAUUUUCAUCACAAUUCUGAACACCGUUUCAUCUGAUAUCCGGAAGCUCUUUGGAUCAGAGUCAAACAGUCAUGUGAUUAUGAGAUCACUAUAUGAGCGUUUUAAUCCCGACUCUAUCCUCCGAAGUCAGCGGAUGGCUGAUAGAUGGAUUGGUCUUCGUACCAUCCCAAGAUCAAACAUCAUGAAAUGGUUGGACCAAUGGGAAUCGACCUAUGUUGAGGCGAAAACCCUACAAAUUGUUGAAAUGGGAACUGAAAAGAAAGUUUGUCUUGAUUUUCUCCGAACUAUUACUGUUUUAUCUGAUUCUUUUGCUACACAUUGGAAGUUUUCUCUGAUGAAUCUCCCUGAUUCAUCCGAUCAAAUCUCUUUUCUCCGAUUAUUGAGGAUCUACCGAGAUCAUAUCUCAUCUUCGACUAUUCGUCUGAACAAGUUCUUGUCUAAUGCUACAUUCAAGGGCGAAGAUGACUCAUCCCAGACAUCGGACGAAAAGGAGAAGAAAAAAGGGACCAAACAGAGGUUUUCUGGUUCCUGCCCAUGUGGAGAAGGCAAACAUUCAUUUGUUAAUUGUCCUGUCCUAAAUCCUGCCAAGAGACCAGAUGGAUGGAAGCUAUCAGAUGAAACUAAGACUAAGUUUGACACAGCGAUGGAGAAGAGCUCGACCCUGAGAGCUGCGAUGAAAAGAGCCAAAGAACGAAUUUCUUCGGACCAAAAGUCAGCUGACCCUGUUGGAUCAGCUGAAACAUCGGACGAAAAGGGACAUAUGGUUGGGAUGACUCUUUCAUCUAAAAAGUCACCACUUGAUGAGAUGAAAACCCUUGCAGCGAGUCUGCCGAUUUCGAACGCCACGAAUCAUGUGAUUAGACCAAAUGAGGUCUGGGCGUACGAUACUGGAUCAACAUUGCAUAUCUGCAAUAAUAUUGAUCUUUUCUCCGACAUUCAGCCUUAUGCAGCUGAUGUUUGCGUUGGAGAUACGACGACACCGAUAGUUGGGAUCGGAACUGUUUUGGUCCGACCUACUGAAUCUUUGGAUGGAAAGCCACUAACCCUUCUGAAAGUGGGUUAUUCCCCUGGUUUUCAUCUGAACCUGAUAUCUGCAUCGAUUGCAGAACGUUCGAAAUUGUUCCUGAAUGGACGAAAGCGAACCCUUGAGACAUCGGAUGGAACGCCUGUUUGCCGUUUGAACCGAAGAUCCGGUGUCUACCUGAUAAGAUGGGAUGGAACAGCUGAUGGUCUACCGUCUGACCUUUCUGCCAGCACACGAGUUGCUGUCAAACAGCUGACAUGCCCUAUAUCCUCUGAAAAGCCCUUUCAUCCGAUGGAAGGCAAGAAAGACCCCAUUGGUCUUAAAAUUUCACAUCAAAAAUCGGAGGGUGCAACGAUCCAUGCACUUUCAUCCUAUUCUCGACCUGAAAAACCUACGUCACGUGAUGUUUGGCACCAAAGACUUGGCCACAUCGGACAAGAGACCCUUGACAAGCUUAUCGGAUCAACCACUGGAGUCCGGAUCGAUCAGAACUUGACAUCAGAUGAAACAUGUGAAACAUGUAAGUUAUCUGAUUCUUACCGACAGUUGUCACGUGUUCCGAUCGAACGCCAUGGCUAUCCAUUCGAAGCUAUACACUGGGACUUAGUGUUUGUCAAACAAGGAAUUGAUGGGAUGAAAUAUUUGUCACACUGUGUUUGCCCUGUGACGAAAUACCAAUUUGCGAAGGCAAUCAGACGAAAGGUUGCAUCACCUGACACUUUACAUGAGAUGAUUGCACACAUUGAGUUGCAAUAUGGGACGAAAAUCAGACGAAUCCACAUCGACAAUGAUACGACGUUACCUAAUUUCAUCAAACACAUGUCACGUGAUGGGAGGGUGGUUGAAUCUACCCCAAUAGAUCAGCCCGAACAGAACCCAUAUGCAGAACGCUAUGGAGGCCUUAUCGUCCAAUUAUCACGCCGUUUCAUCCAAUGUUCUGGGUUACCAAUAUCUCUUUGGCCCUAUGCUGCCGCCUGCGCAGUAUAUGUGAUGAACAGAACCCCGCGCCGCACUUUGGGAUGGAAGACCCCUCAUCAAACUUUGUGGGACCGAUUGGACCAAAAGCCUGGUCAUAUGACUGAAUUACCGGAUUUAUCCAAUAUCCGAGUGUUUGGGUGCAAGUGCUAUGUACGGAUCAUCAAUAUUCCGCGCCUGGAUAAGAUGAAAGUACGAGCUCAAAUUGGCUAUUUGGUUGGAUAUGUUUCAUCCAAUAUUUGGUUGAUCUGGUUACCUCGAGGAAAAGUGAUUAAAGCCCGUGAUGUGGAAUUCGACGAAACCUCUUUCUACAAACAUCAUGAAAGAUGGGAUGAAAAGGGUGCGCCCUUGUAUGAUGAUUCGAUGAAAGUGGUCGAUUACCUGGAUAUCUCCGAAUACACAACAUUCCGGGAUCAAUUGGACCAAAGCGAAACAUCAGAUGAAAAUGUGUUUGACACAUUUCCAGAGAACCAUGACGUUAUGGGAGAUCUGGACGAAAAUGAGCAAGUAUUGGAUGAAAACAGUUCAUCCGAAGAAGAGACUUGCGACGAAAAAGAAGAAGAUCAGAUUAUUGGAGAUCAACCGGAUACUCCCCCGCAAUCUGAUAAAGAAGGAUCACCUGACCCUAAGGAUCCUUCUUACCCGAACUUACAUCAGGCAGAUAACAAUUCAUCUGAUCUUAGACCUAUGGGACGAAUCGAGGUUCAGAUCAAUAACAAUGGGAUAAAUCAAGAUGAAUAUCCAUUGUACGAACCACCUUAUCAUGACCGAGACUAUGAUAUUGAGAUGAUUGACCCUGGUGCUUUGAAGAGAUCUUUGGAUGAAAGCCCUGAUGAUACACCGGAUGAAAAGCGUGCUCGAAUAGCAAACUUUUUACAUGCCUACAAUGUUGCGAUGAAAAGCCAGCCAAAGAAAGUCCACGUGACAAGUGUCCCCCCCGCCGCCUGA